UCAGGAUACGCUCUAGCAUUUGAUCGACAUGCAACGCUGAAUCAAGCCAAUGUCAAGGAACUUAAAACAAAAAAUGUAAACAACUAGGUCGAUAAUACAUUUUUGUAUGCUCAUUUUUAUUUAUCAGUGUACAAUACAAUUACGGCGUAUCAUAGUGAACAUAUCGAGUUUCUUUCCAUUUCCCAUAAGUUCAAACAAGAGCCGUAAUCGGAUAGAUCGGGAUUUAGACAAGUGAAAUGUUUCGACAAGGAAUACAUAGAUGUAUGCGAUUAUAUUCCCCAUCAUUAGAAUUAUCAAAAGGGAUAUUGAAUAGAAAUGGUGCGGCUUACAUCAGAACGUGUUACAGUUCACAGAAAAGACUUGCAGCAACGUCGGUUUCUAAUGCCGACACGCUUAAAAAACCAGAUAUGUUUUGCUACCAGUGUGAACAGACCAAAUCUAGGCGUGGGUGUGUGACAGUAGGGGUAUGUGGCAAAUCCGCGCAGGUAGCCGCUCUCCAGGAUCUGCUCAUGUAUGUGAUAAAGGGUCUUGCUGUGCACGCGAACCGGGCCAUCAACAUGGGGAUAUAUUCCUCCGAAGCGUGCGAUACCUUCGUGAAGAAGGCCAUGUUUAGCACCCUGACAAACGUUAACUUUGACCAAGACCGGUUCCCCGAAUACAUCAGACAAGCCGUAGAAUACAGGGACGAAUUUCGAGCGCCUCUCAUUGCAGCUUAUACAAAAAGGGGGGAACCAUUGUGCGAGGCUUUGACACAGGGACCAGCUGUCUGGAAACCCGAGAAAGGAUACGAUGAUAUGGAAUAUCUCGAAAAUGAAGGUCAUAAAGUAGGCGUGUUGGAAGAUCAGCAGAUAUAUGGCCCGGAUAUAAACGGUGUACGGUACAUGACCUUGUAUGGCAUAAAGGGGCUGUCAGCGUACGCCUGCCACGCGGAGGCGUUAGGAGAGAAUGAUCCGUGGGUGUCCAAGUUUAUAUACAGGGCCCUAGACUUCCUUGUUAGUGCCAAGAAGGCCGAGCGGUUUGACCUAGGUUUGAAUCUUCAGAUGGCCCUUGAUGUUGGCGCCACCAAUCUGAGAGUGAUGGAACUACUGGAUAAAGGGCACAGGAGAAUAUUGGGCACCCCUACACCAACAGACGUGUGUACAACUCCGAAGGAAGGAAAGUGUAUACUGGUGUCUGGACACGACUUGGUAGAUCUACAUACACUACUAAAGAGCACAGAAGGCACGGGUAUUAAUGUAUACACGCACGGGGAAAUGAUGCCUGCCCAUAUGUAUCCGAAACUGAAUGCGUUCAAGAGCUUAGCAGGACAUUUUGGUGGAGCCUGGCAGAAUCAGAAAAUAGAUUUUGCCACAUUUCCUGGUCCAGUGUUGGCCUCUACAAACUGUGUCAUUGAACCUCUACGGUCAUACAGGGACAGACUUUAUACACUGAAUGAUACUGGAAUACAUGGAGUACGGCAUUUAGACCUUCACAAUCCCACACAGAUGAAACAACUUCUUGAACAUGCAAACAGUCUGAGUGGUUUUGACAGCAAAACAGCAAAGAAAUACGAUGACCGACAUCUUGUUGUGGGGUUUGGACGAGAAGUUAUCGCUCAACAUGCAGAUACGGUAAUAAAUGCAGUGAAGAGUGGUGACCUUCAGAGAAUCUGUGUUAUCGGAGGAUGUGAUGGAUCAGAACACAAACGUAAUUAUUUCACCAACCUUGCCAAAUCCUUACCUUCCCAGACCCUCAUCCUCACAAUGGGAUGUGCUAAAUAUAGACUAAACACCAUCAACUUUGGAACACUGGGAAACACCGGAAUCCCCAGACUUCUAGAUAUGGGUCAGUGUAAUGACAGCUAUGGUGCCAUCAUGGUCGCGAAAACGCUUGCCGAUAUAUUAGACACGGACAUAAACAGUCUACCUCUGUCAAUUUCCUUAUCUUGGUUUGAACAAAAGGCAGUCGCAGUUUUGCUGUCACUGUUAAGCCUUGGAGUAAAGAAUAUCAAACUUGGACCAAUCAUGCCGGCUUUCCUCACCCCAGGAGUUAGGGAGGCACUAGAUGAGAAAUUUGGCAUCGUGCCUGUUGACAUCAGACACCCAGAUGAAGAUAUGGAUGACAUGUUCCACAAUUAGAUCUGUAGCAAGCACUGAAUUUUUUUUAAGUUUAAUGCUCAUAGUAAAACAUCCUUCGUGAAACAAAAUUCAUACACUAUAAUACCUCUUUGAUAAAAGCACUAUAUAUUUUGCAUUCAUUGAUUAGAAAGGAUGUUAAGAUGAAUGCAUGCCAUUGCAAAUACUUGUGUUACGAUACACUCAAGGACUUUAAACAGGCACCUGGGUAGAACCACUGACCUUCUGUAAGCCAGCUGGAUGACUUCCUCACAUGAAAAAUUCAAUGCCCCAAGUGAGACUAAAACCCACAUCAGUGCGGGGCAAGUUAUCUGAAGCCAGCGACCUUAACCACUCAGCCACAGAGGCCUCUACACCUACUUUUGACAAGAAUAAAAAUUAAUACUGAUUUUAAUGACUAGACCUUUAAUUAAACAAAAGUUAGGAAAUUUGGAAAAAAAGGUUGUUCAGGAGUUUAAAUGUAAAAUAUUUUUUUUUGUAAAUAUGCACAAUGAAUUUUGUAUGACAUGAAUUAUAGCAUGUGAUACACAUGCACAGGUGAAAAUGGUCACGUUUGAAGUAUCGCAAAAGAAACCACCAUAUUGAAUCAUUUAAUGAAUAAUCAUAUUUUAAAAUAAAUAUCAAAAUAUUUGAAUACAAGUUAAAAGGAUGAAAUCAUUUCUAUACACGGAUGUGGUGUUUUAAAGUCCUUUAGUGUAUGUAUUUGCAAUGUACAUGAAAAACAACAUUGUCAGUUAAACCACAGUUUAUUUAUAGCUUAUAUGAUUGUAGGCAUGUACAAGCACUGUUUUUUUUAUAUCAUUAUGAUGCUUGUAUAAUGCUGCGACCAUUUUUACAUUCAUCAACUCAAAAAUAUUGCACAUUGUAACAUAAAAGAAUGCAUUUAGGUCAUAACAAUUAAAUGACCAGAAGUUUCAUUUUCUUAAAAACGUUUCAUAUUGAUUGUUGUUUUUAUAAAAUUAGAUAAAUGUGUUUGAAUAUUGUCAUUAUAAGGCAGGAAGGGGGUGCCCUUCGACCCCUACAUUGCCUAUGACAGGGCAAAUAAA